AUGGAUUCACCAAGCACAAAACAUAACCAAAUAAUGUUCUCUUUACAGCAAGGUGAUGAUUUUGUGGAUCACGAACAAUCUUUUUUGAUUUCUUUCCAACAACAAGAAGAUUACUCACCCGAUUUUCAUGAACAUGUUUCCUUGGUGAAUGACAUGGGUAAGAGUAGUGCAAAUCGUCCCGAAAGCAGCAACAGGAAAAGAACUGGAAACCCGAAUAAACCCAAUUUGGGUACUAGUGGUGGCUCAGUAGGAGAUGGUGAAGAUGAUAAGAAGAAAAUGGCUCACAGAGAGAUCGAAAAACAACGAAGGAAAGAAAUGGCUAAACUUUAUGCUAGUCUUAGGGAUUUACUUCCUCUUGAAUUUGUCAGGGGAAAGCGGUCAAUAUCGGAUCAUAUGCACCAGGCAGUAGAUUACAUCAAACAAUUAGAAGAAAAUGUUAAAGGGCUCGGUAUGAAGAGAGAUCUGCUCAAGAAAUACUCAGAUACUAAUGGAAGUUCAUCAAUGAUGAAUAAUCUCCCUAAUACGGUCUCAGCAAGCUUUUGCAACGGGGGAGUCGAGAUUUUGAUCAACAGUUGCUCGAUAGGAGACGGUUUCAGCCUUUCAGGAGUCUUAACAACUCUUCUUGAAGGAGGACUUAGUGUUACAAACUGCAUUUUAACUAAAUUAAAUGAUAGGUUCCUUCACUCUAUUCAGUGUGAGGCUAGUGAUCUGUCGGUGAUUGAUUUAUCAAUGUUGCAACAAAGACUCGUAUUUGUAGCCAAUUAUGCUACUCAGCCACAUUUUGUCUAG